GUUUGUGACUUGCUGCCCUGCCAUGAUGAAGACAUUUGAUGCAAAUGAUUUGUAUCAGGGGCAGAAUUUUAACAAGGUCCUCAGUUCCUUAGUGACUCUAAAUAAAGUAACAGCAGACAUUGGACUAGGGAGCGACUCCGUAUGUGCUCGGCCCUCUUCGCAUCGGAUCAAGUCUUUUGACUCCCUGGGAUCCCAGUCUUCACACAGUCGGACUUCAAAAUUGUUCCAGGGCCAGUAUCGAAGUUUGGACAUGACUGAUAACAGCAACCAUCAGCUGGUAGUGAGAGCCAAGUUCAAUUUCCAGCAGACCAAUGAAGAUGAGCUCUCGUUCACGAAGGGUGAUGUCAUCCACGUCACUCGAGUGGAGGAAGGAGGCUGGUGGGAAGGCACGCACAAUGGCAGGACUGGCUGGUUCCCCAGCAACUAUGUGCGUGAGAUCAAGCCAAGUGAGAAACCUGUGUCUCCCAAAUCAGGAACUUUGAAGAGCCCCCCCAAAGGGUUUGACACAACUGCCAUCAACAAGAGCUAUUACAACGUGGUGCUACAGAAUAUUUUAGAAACAGAAAAUGAAUAUUCUAAAGAACUUCAAACCGUGCUUUCAACUUACCUACGGCCAUUGCAGACCAGUGAGAAGUUAAGUUCAGCAAAUACUUCAUAUUUAAUGGGAAAUCUAGAGGAGAUAUGUUCUUUCCAGCAAAUGCUUGUACAGUCUUUAGAAGAAUGCACCAAGUCACCUGAGGCCCAGCAGAGAGUUGGUGGCUGCUUUCUGAACCUGAUGCCACAAAUGAGAACCCUGUACCUUGCCUACUGUGCCAACCACCCAUCUGCCGUGAGCGUCCUUACAGAGCACAGCGAGGACCUGGGGGAGUUCAUGGAGACAAAAGGUGCCAGCAGCCCUGGGAUCCUGGUGCUGACCACUGGCCUCAGCAAACCGUUCAUGCGCCUGGACAAAUACCCCACGCUGCUCAAGGAGCUGGAGAGACACAUGGAGGAUUAUCAUCCUGAUAGACAAGACAUUCAGAGAUCCAUGACUGCCUUCAAAACCCUUGCGGCCCAGUGUCAAGAAGUACGAAAAAGGAAAGAGCUUGAGUUGCAGAUCCUGACGGAAGCCAUCCGAAGCUGGGAGGGAGAUGACAUCAAGACCCUGGGCAAUGUCAUUUACAUGUCCCAGGUCAUGAUCCAGUGUGCAGGAAGUGAGGAAAAGAAUGAAAGAUACCUUCUGCUCUUCCCAAACCUUUUGCUAAUGUUGUCUGGCAGUCCCAGGAUGAGUGGUUUCAUCUAUCAGGGAAAGCUACCAACGACAGGAAUGACAAUCACAAAACUUGAGGACAGUGAAAAUCAUAGGAAUGCGUUUGAAAUAUCAGGGAGCAUGAUCGAGCGGAUACUGGUGUCCUGCAACAACCAGCAGGACCUGCAGGAAUGGGUGGACCAUCUGCAGAAGCAGACGAAGGUCACAUCUGCGGGCAACCCCACCAUCAAGCCCCACUCCGUGCCAUCUCACACUCUCCCCUCGCAUCCCGUCACCCCAUCCAGCAAGCAUGCAGACAGCAAGCCCAUGGCUCUGACACCUGCCUACCACACGCUCCCCCACCCCUCCCACCAUGGUGCCCCGCACACCACCAUCAGCUGGGGGCCCCUGGAGCCUCCAAAGACCCCCAAGCCCUGGAGUCUGAGCUGCCUGCGGCCUGCGCCCCCUCUCCGGCCCUCAGCUGCACUCUGCUACAAGGAGGAUCUUAGUAAGAGUCCCAAGACCAUGAAAAAGCUGCUGCCGAAGCGCAAACCUGAACGGAAGCCUUCAGACGAGGAGUUCGCCUUGCGGAAAAGCACGGCGGCUCUGGAAGAAGAUGCUCAGAUUCUGAAGGUCAUCGAGGCUUACUGUACAAGCGCCAAGACCCGGCAGACCCUCAACUCAACAUGGCAAGGCACUGACCUGAUGCAUAAUCACGUCUUGGCUGAUGACGACCAAUCAAGUCUAGACUCCUUGGGUCGUCGCAGUAGCCUUUCUCGUUUGGAGCCCUCAGACCUCUCGGAAGACUCUGAGUAUGACAGUAUAUGGACAGCCCAUAGUUACAGAAUGGGUUCUGCAUCUCGUUCACGCAAAGGAUCUGCUCCACAAGUCUUGCUUCCAGAAGAAGAGAAAAUAAUAGUUGAAGAAACUAAAAGUAACGGUCAGACAGUGAUGGAGGAAAAGAGUCUGGUGGACACAGUGUAUGCGCUGAAGGAUGAAGUCCAGGAGCUACGGCAGGAUAACAAAAAGAUGAAGAAGUCUUUAGAGGAGGAACAGAGGGCCCGCAAGGACCUGGAAAAGCUGGUGAGGAAGGUGCUAAAGAACAUGAAUGAUCCUGCCUGGGAUGAGACCAAUCUAUAAAGGACGACCUUAUUUCUUGUUGAAGACCAGUUACCAGGCCAAACCAGGUCCCCGGCCCCAGCUUGGAUGACAUUCAGGACUGAGGACAUUGUCUUCAUCAUAUGAAUAGAAAUGAUCAAUUGUCACUGAAGAAUCCACACAUGCAUAGACACUGAGGACCCAGGCUGCAUUAACCUCUGCUAACAUCUCAGUUACCUCAUUUUGCAGUGAGUGCGGUGACAGACUGAAGCCCUGGCUCUUCAGACUUGUAGUUGAUACAUAAAUAUCACGUUCAUGUACUUUUUGUAAAUAGUCCACAUCGAAUGCACAUUUGUGACGGUAUCUGGGCUCGCCCUUCUGCCAGGACUUGUUUCCCUCUGACCUUUCUGGUCGUGGGGUUAGAGGUCCCAUCACACUCGCUUAACAGCAGAAGUGUGGGGAGACACCUUUGGCAGGUGUUGGAUUAUCCUGCGCCAGCCUUGUCCCCAUGGCUCUUCAAGCAGAUGUCCCACCUCAGUGUGUUGGGCAGAUUAACGCUCUUUGUGUCUGUAAGGGGACUCCACGCCAGUCAGAUGUCUCCCCUCAAGCCGGAUUCCAGCCUUAGCUGGUGGCCCUGUGGAGGGCAGCACUCAGCAGAAUGAGACCAGCCCUAACCUGGGUAUCCACAUCCCUGUCCUCAUGUGGAUGUUCGCCCUUGCCAUCUCUCCAGAUCCUGGAAUCACGGGAGUGUGCUCCGGCAUUUGGGAGGCAGCUCAGACUUUUCUUAGGCUUGUUCGGAGAUGUGACAGGGGCGCCAUCCCGUUCUCCCCUGAGAGACGGAACUAGAACUUCCCAAGCAUGUGCUCUAGAUCGCCAGUUGCUGCAGCCAGUGGACACAGGUGGAGCCUGCUGGAGACUCACAUUCAGGGCAGGCUUCACCGUAGGCCAGCCUCACCCUGAGAUACCCUUCACUAUUGGUCUGCCUGUAUGAGCAGUGCUCGCUGGAAAUGCCCAAGCUGCUGGCAACAGGAAGGACAGGAGCCCGCCUGCAGGAGACCAGGGAGGAGGCCUGUUCUCACCCAGCAGGCUGCCUCCCUGGGCCCUGCAGAAUUGGGAGAAUGAAUGACCCAGCAGUAAGUGACAAUGACCAUAGAAACUGAGCUGUCUUUUUGCUUCCUCUGAGUCAGUUUUGAAGUGAGGUAAACUCUAACAUAGAAAGUGUUAUAUCAUUUUUAUUUUAUUUUUUAUUUUUUUGGUGGUGCUGGGGACUGACCCCAGAGCCUUGUGCAUGCUAGGCAAGUGUUCUACCGCUGAGCUCUAUCACCCCAGCCCUUUCAUUUUGAGACAGGGUCUCACAAAGUUACCCAGGCUGGCCUGGAACUUGUGACCCUGCUGCCUCAGCCUCCCCAGUCUCUGGGAUUACAGGCAUGCGCCCCACGCCCAAACCACAGUUGUAGCAUCACACACGUCACAUACCCCACCAGCAGCCUGUUUGCAUCACGCGUGACUGAUUAUGUUCUGGUGGCCGGGCUGCCCUGUAACUGCAGCAGAUCCCCUGCCUUUGGAUGCUUGGUGCCAGGCACCUUUGAGCUGGCGGGCUUCCUUUUCUUGCCCACUGCCCCUGCCGGCGCCCUGCACAGACCUGGACACCGAGCCGCCUCCCGUGGACCACUCACUAUGAGCUGCUCGCUAGAAUUGCCAACUUCCAGGACUUGGCAUUUUAUCCAUCCGUGCUGAGAAAGAAAAGAUCAGUUUUGUUUUUCAUAAGCCCUGUUUUUACAAGUGUUUUUGGUGAGUGCAUUUGCUGUCGUAGCAGAUUUUAACUCAGGAACAACUCUCCUCGAUUUCUCUGCCGUGGCAACCCGAGACGUUGCGAUGCCACUCUGCUGGGAAUUAACUGAAGGCCGUCCUGUGUCCCGGGAUGGCUGCUCAUGGGCCGCCUGUGUCCCGGGAUGCUUUUACAGACCUGCCUUAAUACUCAGCUUGAAGUAUUUUGUGAGAAUUCUCAUGUUUUUAACACCCUGUCCCAGGCUGGGUGCCACCGAGGCAGUGUCUCCACAUCCCUGCCUUUUAUGUGGACGCAGCGUCUUCCCAGGCUUUCCAGGGAGCAGAGAACUUGCGUCUGAGAGCAAUCUUUCUGAAACCUGCCCUGUCGUGCAUCACUGUACCAUUCCCUGUGUGACCUGGAGGAGGGUGGGUUCUGAUGUGAAUGACAAAGGGGUACCGCUCUCUGGGGCUGCUGACUCCUUCACGCUCGUCUGUGAGGGGUGAGGAGACGAAGCCUCUCCUGUCCUGUAGAUGAGAAGCACUUUCAGCUCAGAUGACCGUGAGGUGUCGUAUCUGAAACUCCGUGUGCCUGGGCACGUCUGCUGUCUGCGUGCACUGGGCACUGGUACCUUGAACACCUGCGUGGUCCAUGCGUGCCUCCAUCAUGCAAACCACCCAGGGCACACUGACAACCGCAGGAGUCCUGCAGCAUCACAAACGGUGUCCUGCUGUUGACUACUGGGACGUUUGUGCUGCAUUGUUGUAAUUAUUAAACGGAUUAUUUUUCUUACUUCA